AUGCAGAAGAAGGACAAUCGACUCCCUAUGGAGGAAAAUCGACUCCCUAUUGAGGAGAGGAGGAGGAGGAGGAAGGAACAUCAGGACUUUCUGUUGGCUGAGAAGAUGAGACGUCAGGAAGAACAGAAUCAAAGUGUUCUGGAGGCAGCCAAAGAAAAGAUAUUGCAGCAGUCUGCUCCAUACAGGGACCUUCAGAGGAUUGUGCUUGUGUCCAAAGUGACCAAGGACAAUCAGGCCCUAUGCCAACUUCAGCAAGAGAAGAAGGCCAGUGAGAAGGCCAACAGGACCGCUGUGUCCGAAUAUAUAGGAGGACAACUCCCAAUAAACAAGGAUGUCCGAAAAUAUGAGCAGCAGAUCGAGGAGCGCAAAGAACGCGAGUGCCAGGCUGCACAUUCUUAUAAUGCCUUGAUUGCGGAAAAAAAGGCUCAAGCGAAGAGAUGCACUCCCCAUGUCCCGCCUCCUCAGGUCCAAAAUGAUGUGUGUGCUGACAAAAGAAGCACUAAAAAAGCAACAUAUAAGAUGUAUUUAGAGAGUGUGGAUUUGAAACGCAUACGACAGCAGAGAGAGCAGCAGCAGAGUGCAGAGACUGAGAGGCAGUGGCGACGCGAGCAGGCCGAGGUCGACGCGCGUCAAGAGGGGUACCUCAAGCAGACGCAAGAAAGAUUCAAACAGCAGCAAGUGCAUCGAGAGGAGGCCACUCUUAGACUGGCUCAAUUAAAAAAAGAGCAGGAGGCCAAGGCUCGCCAAGAUGAGGAGGAGCGAAAACUCCAGGUCUGGCUGUUUGAGCGCAACUUGGAUGACAAGCCGCAGAAAGAGACUGCGAAACAAAUCACAGAGUUCUUGAGCACUCAGGUGGAACACAAACUGCAGGAGAAGAGGGCAGAACAGCUUCGUCAGAUCAACCUCUUGCGGAAGGAAAGAGAGGCGCGAGAACAGGACGAGCUAGAGUCACAGCGCAAACAGGCGCAAAGACGGCAGAAGGCGGAAAACGCUGGUGCACUUUAA